UUUGUCAUGGCCUUUUUUCUUAUCUUUUAAUGUAUUUUAUUAGUUGUCGAAUUGAUCCCUGCUCGCAUUGUCGCGAUUCGGCAAAUUCGCAAUAAAUACCCGAGUGAUAAUGGCUUCUACAACAGUCUGCUGUCGGGUCGAAUAAAAAAUGGAUAGAAUAGCCUUCAUAAUUCUGGCAGUGCUGCAGCUGCAAGUCAGCUGGGCUGCCUGCACCGACUACUCCAACAGCAGUCCUGUAGAACUACUCCAAGCCUACGUACAGAUCAACACGACUACUUACCAUGACUUAUCGGAGGCAGUGGAGUUCUGGAGAGAAUUAGCAGCUGUGGCGGACGUUCCCAUAAAUGUCUACGAGAUAGUGGAAGGGUUUCCCAUCGUUGUGCUGAAAUGGGCCGGAGCCGACAGCAGCCAACGCAGCAUUAUGCUGAACUCACACAUGGACGUCGUGCCUGCUGCACUUGAGGACGGAUGGACUUAUGAUCCAUUCUCUGGCCACAUAGAUGAGAACAAUGUCAUGUACGGCCGAGGAACUCAAGAUAUGAAAUCCGUGUCGAUUCAGUACUACUCAGCUUUGCGCAGACUGAAGGAAAAUAAUGUCACGUUGCUUAGAGACGUGUACAUGACUCUUAUGCCUGAUGAGGAAGUCGGUGCUGAAGCCGGUAUGAUUCCUUUCCUCCAGAGCGAAGAGUUUGCAGCAAUGAAUGUGGGAAUAGAAUUAGAUGAAGGUUCCUCAUUCCCAAUGCCUAUUAUUGCAGUCUUCUAUCAAGACAAGGUUGUGUGGCAAAUCAAAGUGGAUUGUCAUGGUAUAUCCGCACACGGAUCCACUUUUCCGGCAACGAACGACACUGCCACUGGAAAGUGCCGCAACGUGAUGAACAAAUUCUUCGAAUUUAGAGACGAACAGUACGAGUUAGCAAAGGUAGCACCUCCUAAUGACGCAGGCGGUUACACUUCGGUCAAUAUUAACAAAAUUAAUGGUGGAACUGCCAACAAUGUGAUACCGAGCCUCAUCAGUCUUACAAUCGACAUUCGUUUGGGUACACGGGUUAACGAAGAACAAAUGGAUGCUAAAAUUCGUCAGAUGAUUGCGGAAUCAGGAUCGAACAUAACAUUCUCAUACAUUCUAAAGAACCCGCAGUCUCCAGCUACCAUCGUGAAUGCAUCAAACCCUUACUGGAAUGCUGUCACCAGUGCAGCAGAAGAACUCGGUGUCCAAUUAUUGGCGACGAUACCCCCUGGCUCCACUGAUGCUCGGCACGUCAGAAACGCUGGUUUCCCAGCUUUAGGCCUAUCGCCUAUGCCGGACACUGAACUACUCCUGCAUGCAGUCAACGAGAGACUUGCUAUCGACACCUUCACGAAGGGAAUCGAUCUUUACGAGAAAAUUAUAAAUAACUUGGCCAACAUCCCUGCAGAAUAUACAGCUGAAGAUGGUACUGAAUAUCUUAAAGUGACUGCUGGUUAACUUGACUGAGAUUUAAUAUAGGUUUAACUCUUUGUUGUAAAUAUUAUGUUUUGUUCCAAUGUGUAUUUCUUAGAAACUAAUAUGAUAAGUAGAGUAGACGAGCGCAUAGAUCUAUUUGUUUUGUAAGAUAAUUGAACUUGUAAGUUUAAGUUAUUUUAUUGUAAACAGAAAUGUUGUAAAGUGUUUAAAUAAAAUUGAAACACAAAAGUAA